GCCAUUUUGUGCCCCGCUCGGCAGGGGCGGGCGGGUGCAGGGUGUCCUCUUUACCCCCGAGCUCGGUGCCGCGGGGACAAAGGCUCCCGGGCCGUGCCGUGCCGUGCCGGGAGCGUGGCUGCCGACUCAUUGCUGGGCGCGGCUCCGCAGGUGCCGUCCCGCGGGUGCUGCCGCCAGGGGGGCGCCGUGUCCGCGCCGUGUCCGCGCCGUGUCCGCGCCGUGUCCGCGCCGUGUCCGCGCCGUGUCCGCGCCGUGUCCGCGCCGUGUCCGCGCCGUGUCCGCGCCGUGUCCUCAGGCCUCGCCGCCGCCCGGAGCUCAGGAACGGGCGGGGUCGCUCCGAGCAGCCUCGUGCCGCGCUCUGGAAUAGGAAGCGGUGGGAUUGCAGUAGCCGAAUAGAACCUUAAGAAAUGCAGGGUACAGAGCAGAACCGAGUCUUCACAAGAUUUUUUGUGUCAAUCACCUAUGAAGCUCCUGAUUUUAAAGUUGCACUUCUGCAAUGAGGAAAAGGAGACGGGUCGCUGCAAAUCUAAACGAAAAAGUUCAUCUUGGCCAUGAGAAAGAUACUGCGGAACAGAUUCUUGUAGACUGUGCGCAAGAAAUUGUUUCCAAGUCUGCAGAAGUAGCUCCUGCAGAUCAGCUUGAAUCUUCCAGAGAACUUUCACCCUCCCCAGAACAAAGAAAACUCCUAAGCUCAUUGCAGUAUAACAAAAAUCUACUUAAAUACUUAAAUGAUGAUAGACAGAAACAUCCGUCAUUUUGUGAUUUACUCAUAAUUGUAGAAGGAAAAGAAUUUAGUGCUCACAAAGUUGUGGUGGCUGUUGGGAGUAGUUAUUUCCAUGCCUGUUUGAGCAAAAAUCCAAGCACCGAUGUCGUCACGCUAGAUCAUGUAACUCAUUCUGUUUUUCAGCAUUUGCUUGAGUUUCUCUACACAUCUGAGUUUUUUGUAUAUAAAAAUGAAAUACCAUUAGUGUUGGAAGCAGCAAAAUUUUUAGAUAUCAUAGAUGCAGUGAAGUUGCUAAACAAUGAAAGUGUUUCUAACAUACAGACUGAUGUGGUAACUGAUAUACCUGCACCAGUAGAAACACUCAAUGAACUGACAGGUAAACUAUUAAAUAGUCAUCAGUGCACUUUUUGUGGCCGAAGUUUCUGUUACAAGAAGUCCUUAGAAAAUCAUCUGGCUAAAGCCCACAGAUACCUUUCACUGGAAAGAAGGCAUGGGUUAAAAAUGAUUGAGCAGGCCGAUUUUUCCACUAGACGUUCUACAAGAAACCGUAAAUGUCCAGCUAAGUUCGAUAACAGUGACAAUGAAAGUGGUGAUGCCUCUGACAGCAACUUGGAAAAAGUCAGCUCUGACAAGGAGACAUCUGGUAGAAGUGAAUUUGAAGACAGUGAAAGUGAAUGCAACGUUGAUGAAGAGGGACAGGAAGAGGAAAUGUCAGGUGAAGAUUCAGAGUCUGAAGAACUAAGUGAAAAAGAACAGAAUGAUACUGAAGAAGGUUCUGAGGCAGUUGAUUCAGUGGGAAAUAUUCCCGAAGGCUUAGCUCCAGUCAUCAUUAAGAGCAGUAGCAAAAAACUACUGCAAUGUCCUAAGUGUGACAAAAAAUUUGAUCGAAUAGGCAAAUAUGAGAGCCAUACCCGUGUACACACGGGUGAGAAGCCUUUUGAAUGUGAUAUAUGUCAUCAGCGCUAUUCAACGAAGUCCAACCUGACUGUACACAGAAAGAAACACUCCAGUGACACUGAUUUUCAUAAAAAGGAACACAAAUGUCCAUACUGCAAUAAGCUGCAUGCAAGCAAAAAGACUUUAGCGAAGCACGUGAAGAGGUUUCAUCCAGAGAACGUCCAAGAAUUUCUUUCUAUCAAGAAGACAAAGAGUGAAGGUUGGAAAUGUGAUAUUUGUAAGAAAUCUUUCACUCGAAGACCUCACUUAGAGGAGCAUAUGAUCCUUCACUCUCAGGAUAAACCCUUUAAGUGUACCUACUGUGAAGAGCACUUUAAAUCCCGAUUUGCAAGACUGAAACAUCAAGAAAAAUUCCAUCUCGGGCCUUUUCCUUGUGAUAUUUGUGGCCGCCAAUUUAAUGAUACGGGAAAUCUGAAACGCCAUAUAGAGUGUACUCAUGGAGGAAAGAGAAAAUGGACAUGUUUCAUCUGUGGAAAAUCUGUUAGGGAACGAACAACUUUGAAAGAACAUCUGAGAAUUCACAGUGGAGAGAAGCCUCAUCUUUGCAGUAUUUGUGGGCAGAGUUUUCGCCAUGGAAGCUCUUACAGACUGCAUCUGAGAGUCCACCAUGAUGACAAGAGAUAUGAAUGUGAAGAAUGUGGAAAAACCUUUAUUCGGCAUGACCAUCUGACAAAACACAAAAAAAUACACUCAGGUGAAAAAGCACAUCAGUGUGAGGAAUGUGGAAAAUGUUUUGGCCGUAGAGAUCAUCUUACUGUUCAUUAUAAAAGUGUUCAUCUAGGAGAAAAAGUUUGGCAGAAAUACAAAACAACAUUUCACCAGUGUGAAGUCUGUAAGAAAGUGUUUAAAGGGAAAUCAAGUUUGGAAAUGCAUUUUAGGACGCAUUCAGGCGAGAAACCCUACAAAUGUCAAAUCUGUAAUCAGUCCUUUAGAAUUAAGAAGACUUUAACAAAACACAUGGUUAUUCAUUCGGAUGCUCGACCUUUUAAUUGCCAACACUGCAAUGCAACAUUUAAACGAAAAGACAAGCUGAAAUAUCAUAUUGAUCAUGUUCAUGGAUCAAAGGCUGCGGAAGAUGCAUUGACAUCAUCUUCAGAGGAAAAGCUAGUCCCCUUGCCAGUGCAGUAUACCUCCUCUGACGACAAAGUUUACCAAACUGAGGCUAAACAGUAUGUGGAACAGUCCAAAGCAUAUCAGUCAGAAGCCAAAACUUUGCUACAGAAUGUAUCUACAGAAGUAUGUGUGCCUGUGACUCUGGUACCAGUUCAGAUGCCCGACCCACAAGCUGAUCUAGUACAGCAUACUACUCAUCCGCAUGGCAUUCUUCCUCCGCAACCUGAGCAGACAGAUUAUCAACGAGCAACAGAUCUAUCAUUUCUAGAAAAAUAUACUCUUACUCCACAACCGACGAAUAUUGUUCAUCCUGUAAGGCCAGAGCAAAUGUUGGAUCCUAGAGACCAGUCAUAUCUUGGAACUUUACUGGGACUAGAUACAGCUUCUACUGUACAGAAUAUUUCAAACAAUGAACAUUCAUGAUCAGACCAUAACAUUCCACCUAAUUUACUAAGCCAUUAGCCAACAGGAGGCUGAUAUGGCAAUUAAGAUUUAUAUUUUAUAUUUUAUUUGGACUCAUGAAUCUUCUGCAUAGUUUUGGAAAAACAGGUUUGUUUACAUAAUAUUUGAACAUUUAGGCCCAUUUUGAUGCAUACUGAAAGAAUGUUUCUUGUAAUUUUAAGAGUUUUUAAAAAUCUUAUACAUGGUCUUUUAAAAAUUACGCUCUCAAAUAUAUUUUAAGGAUAGCAGCUGAAAAAUGGAAUUACAUAUCUGGCUAUUUAAAAAACUGCCUUUGUGCAUCUCACUUUGAAUUAAUGUUUUAAAUGUAAUUGAAAGCAUUCUGGAAGAAUAAGGACUAUAUCAAAUUCAUUAGAAGUUGUGAGGGCAGUCAGGGAUGUAAAACACAAACUUUGAAUUAUGUUUCACAUAGAAAUUAAAAUAUAGUUUUACUUGGAAUGCUCAGGCAUUUUCGGAGGGUUUUAAAGUCUGCCAGACACUGGAACCUAGCCAGUGGUCAUAGGAAAUUUUUUUUCUGAAAGUGAUUCAGAUAUUUUAUGAAGACACUAAACAAGGUGUUUGAUCCCCCUAAGAAUAAUUAGGCUGCCUAAAUUUGACCUCUUAAUUCUUCCUUGAUCGCUGAUAUUUAAUUAUGUAGAAAAAUCUAGAUAACAGCAUUAUCUAAUUUUCUACAGUUAGUCCUAUAUACUUUUAACAUGCUUUUUUUUUUUCUCUUUUUCAAUUUUGUCUUCUGAAGUGUGCACCCCGCUCUGACUUUGAAAGAAAUAGGAAUGUUUGCAAGGUCAUUUUAAUCUUACCAAUUUGCUAAUGAAACUUUUUUUUCUUACUCUCUUGUACUGUGUUUAUAAAACAAAGUCAAACUCUUGAGAGUAUUUUGUCUUUAAUUUUUUUUUUAGCUUUUUCUUUACUAGACCUAUUUUUUUUUCUAAAAGAAGCAUUUUGAACUACAAGUCUAGUAUAAUUCACCAUGAAUCUAGUAUAAUUUAACUUCAUUAAGCUUUUAUUUUAAGCCUACUUUAAAAAUAAUUAUUGUGUUUGUUUGGUGGCUAUUAUGCCAAAGAAAGUAUCUGAAGUAAUUUUAUAAUUUUCAUUAUUUUUCACAGGAAUUACAUAUUCAGGCAAAGUUUUUCACAGUUUCCCUGUUCUUAAAUUAUUAUCUUAGAGAAACUUUAUAAUGGGAAACUGGACAUAUAUAUAUUAUUGUAACUGAUAAAUUUAUCCAAUGAUCUGAGCACAAGUGAUCUGUGGUGAAAAGCUCUCUUAUCAUCACAGGUCUAUGAACUCUUAAGUGGCCUAGAUCAUUUUAAAUCCUAUUCAAAUACUGUGGUGUUAGAUCCUGUUAUUCCCCAUAUACUUCAAUAUUGAGUAGCUUGCAGGAGAGGGGCCAGAGCUGCUUGAAUGUUUGUGUUUUGAAGCUUGUACCCUAAUGGAUUCUUAACGUAAAAACACCAAAGAUUUCUGUUAGCUGUUAAAUAGUGGCAGAGUGAUAGAAUUUUAAGUGUUACCAAUAUUUAUUUAGGACUUAGCCAAAGAAGCACAAUAGAAGUCCUAAACUUUAAAAGUUCAGUUUCUAAAACAGGACUACAUAUGUUUAACUGUUCUAUGUUUGUAUCUCGAAAGUGAAAUUUAGAGCUGUGCUCUGGGAAUGUUCAGACUGAAAUGCUGUAAAUAUAUCUGAUAAGAAGUAAAUAUACAGCAAUAAUGAGGCCAUUGAAUGCCACCUUCUGAAAGGACAUUAUCAAGUACUACCCUUCCUGCUUUCUAGCUCCGCCUUCAUCUCUUUUCAAAAUAAAACUAUUUAUGUCAUCUUUACACUCCAUGGCUUGAAAACUGCUAUUUCAUGUGUAGUUUUUAAGUCAACAUGUAUGCAUCAUAUUCAUAUUACUGCAUGUGGACAUGAAACAUGAUUUCCAGCAUUUCUUAUUGUACCAUUAAAAGUAACACGACAUAAACGGUGUCAGUGCAAUUCUCGGACAAAAGCAUAACUCUUUGUUAUUUCUUGUCUUUUCUGUUCUAUGGUAGGAAAAAAGUAUGGUAGGAUUUUGACAAAACAGUGGCUUAAAAAUAGUUGGUAACUAUUGUUUUCUUUUAAAAUCCAGUCUGUUUGGAGUGCACUCUAGUAAAAUACUAAAAUGGAAUUUAGAGCAUAUUUACUUGAUAAUGUCAUUUUUAGAGUUCUUUCAUGAUUGUGCCUUUUAUAUAUAUUCUCAGUAAUGGCUUUUUCUCCAGCUGAUUAUUCAAAAACAUUAAGGUCACUAUCUUCCAAAGGGCUUCGUGGUUGUGUGUGCCCAACAAGAAUUAGGCUAUAAAAGGACGAGUUUUUCAGAGAAACGGGCCCUGUCUUUGUUGUUUGGGUAACUGGAAUUACUAGCCAUUCCUGGAAAAAUGAUUGAGUUCUUCGGCAUUCUUUUGUUUGCAGAUAACCCGACUAGUGUUUUUACCUGCUGGUCAGGCUGGAUCGUUGUCAGUUGACACUGAAAGAAAAUAGGAAAGCUUAUGUGCUAGAUACAUAGGUUUUAUUUUUUUAAUAUCAUGAGCUAUAAUUCUUACGGCUUUACGUCUAUUUAAAAUCAUAUAUGAACAAAGUAAAUUUUCAUGGACUGGCACUUCAUUUGGCAGGUGGAAGUAGCUGAUCUCUGCUUGAUGGAGGACAGUUUCUCCUGAGAGGACUGGAGCUGAAGGGCAGAAAUCUGCACCUCACAGCUCCAUGGGCUGGAAUUCCACAGGUGUCCAUUACCUCCAUUUUAAUGUAUAUGUACUCGUACAAGAGUGCAUGUCCUGUUGAUCUGGAGGGUGCUUUUACAAUAAAGGCUAUGUUUUAUCUGGCAGUCAUUGACUCAGCUGACUGUUGCUGAAGAAGGAAGAAGCAGGUGUCUUAAAAAUAUCUCUGAAGAACGUUCAGUGACGCAGUGCAAACAGUUUGUCUUUUCCACAUGCAGCCUUUGGGGAGAAGAGUGGAGUCCACGUUGCUUCGCAGUUCUGGGAGCUUACUGCAAUCAUUCUGCUUAAGCAUUGAAUUCUGUAUUUUUUUGCUGAACAAGUUUCUGUUUGUUGACUGGCUUACUGCCUUUAAUUCUUUAGGUGGAUUUUAUGUUCAGUUUAUUUAUUUAUAUUGGAAUUUCCUGUUUGAGCACUGACACUUUUCCUACAGAGGUAUGGCUCUCAUGAGUUCUUUUUAUGCUGAAUGUCAGUGAUUGCGAUGGUGAUUAUAUAUCUUCUGUGAGUCUGAUUUCCUUAAAAAUAUCAUGCUACUUUGACAAAUUACAAUGACACAAGAUAUCCUUGGCAUCUUGAAGAGCUGAGCUUAUUUCCCUAGUAACAAAUGUGAAACAGCAUCCAGAACUCUGCAGAAUGCUUCAAAGGAAUCGCCUCAUAACAUGCUUGAUUGAACAUGAAAUGUGUUAUGGAGUGUUAAGGAAUAAAUGACCCUCACGUUUUUAAAUUUAAAAAUAAUUUCUGUGUAGAAUGUAGAAUUAUGAAUGAAUUCUGAGAAGGGUGUUGUGGAUGGCUAGGUUUUUUUCCCCUGAAAACAUUAGAAAGAUGUGGCAUUUUUCUGAGUUGAGGACACAUGCAAAACUGAUCCAGAUGGCAUGUUCUCUGUGUGGCUGAAGCCUCAGGGAAAUGGAGCGUGUUAUCCACAUGUCUUUGACCCUGCUGUCACAGGUGAUCUUUUCCUACAAUAUUCUCUUGCAGUAAAUUGGUGGUUUCGUUGGAUGCAUUGAAGAAUGACACUGGCGGAAUAUAAUGCAGGGCAGUCAUUUUGCUUAAGCCCGUAAGGGUCUCUUUCAUCAUUCAUAAGAAAUGUUUUGUUUUAAAAGGAUUUGAUGGAUUAAAUGUAACAAUGGCAAAGUUUUUUGAAUCCCCCAUAACCAUUUUGAUCAUGUUUAAAUGUUGGUCCUUUUAUAAGAAAAAAUAAGGUGAAAUAAACUCGAUAUUUUGUCACUGGUAUAUGAGAUAAUGUGUUUUAAAUGUGAUCUGUAUAGGCUGGUAUUUUAGAUGGAAGUCUUUUAGUAAAGUUGUCUUUGUAGGGGAAAUUCUUUGCUGUAAGGAAAAGUUAGGAAGUGUCCUGUAAAUGUAGAAGUACUUAGUCCUAUGUGUGAUUUUGUUUGUUAUGGAAAAGUAAAGUUCUUUUAUCUUAACAUGGCUUGCUUCACAGGAUUGCUUGCAGGGGUGCUCGCACUCGCUAAGUUCCUGUUUCUACUCCUAUUUUUUUUUUUU